UACAAGGUAAGAUAUAUGUUAAUGGUAGCAAAUUAGUUUUAUAAUAGUUGUAAAUCGAUCUGAUUCGAAUAAACAUGAUGAAAAAUGACAAUGCGUUAUAACUAUGUAAUUUUGGGGAUAAAAUCGUUGUUUUUCAGUUGGUUUACAGUUGCAUAAUCAUUUAAUAAUAGUUUCAUUACGUUUUUUGCAGGAAUUUAUUGUGGAAAAGAUAGAGUACAGAACAGUUUGAGAAAUGGAAUCUGGACAGGAAACACAAUGCUUGAACAAAGGAACAGAGAUAGUAGAAAGGAAAGACAUUCCAUUCCUAGUCUUCUACAAUGGAAAAUUCGAUGAUCGAAUGAAUUAUGAAAAUUAUGAAGCCAGUGGACACUACAUUUCUGCCAAUUGUAACUAUGAAGAUUUGCAACAGAAACUCAAAGAUGCCCUGGAAUGCAACCAAGAAAACACUGUUUUGCAACUGAAAUAUCAAGUGAAGGAAGGAUACCAACCAUUGAGGAUAAAGGAUGAUCAAAGCCUGCAUUUCUACAUACAACUCAAACUGAAAGACCCCGACUUCACAACAUACCCAAUGUGUGUGAAUGUCAUCAACAACCCAACAACAACCAUCGAUGCAACAUUCUUUGGAAAUGACAAUUCAUUAAUUACACAUAGAAGCGCCUUCCAACCAAUCGAAUACAAUGCAGCAACAACAGAAGACUCAACAAAUCAACAACAUAUAAUUGAAGCAAGAGUACCGGAAUUUGGGGAAGAAAGUUUUGACUUCAUGGACUAUGCAAAACUUGUGGCAGAGGAAAUGGUUGAGCAACUGGAAAACAACAGAAAAAAGGAACCAGAAAUCACAGAUUAUGACGAACUACUAAUCACAGAUCCGCAUCAUCCGUAAAUAGAAGAAGCACAAAUAUACAAAGACAAAGAAACACUGCAGAGCGUGCUUGGUUUCUAUGCAAUUAGGAACAACUUCCAAUUCAGAGUUAAAAAAUCAUGUGCAAAAACAUACAAGAUUUGUUGUUUGGAUCCAAAAUGCAAGUG